GUGAGCGUCAUGGCUGUGAACUCUCUGGACCUGCUCCUCAGAACUCUGGAUGAGUUGGAGACUGCAGACUUGAAGCGGUUCAGGACGUACCUACGUACGGUGGAGGAGUUAAAGCCCAUCCCCAAAGGAAAGCUGGAGGACAAUUGUGCUACAGAUGUUGCCUCUAUUAUGAAGGAUGCCUAUGGGGAGGAAGGCUCAGUGAAAAUUACUCUGACCAUCCUGAAGAAGAUGAACCUCAACGACCUUGCAGUCAAACUAGAAGAGAGACCACAGACACAGACACCUCCAUCUCCAGUGCCCAUGAAAAAUGAUGAGUCCAUGCCUGAUCCUCUUACCUUCAAACAAAACUGUAAUAAGAACCCAGUGUGGUCCUUGAGCCAAAAGGUGAGCAUCAUGGCUGUGAACGCUCUGGAACUGCUGUGCGAAACUCUGGAUGAGUUGGAGACUGCAGACCUGAAGCGGUUCAGGACGUACCUGUCUGAGAGGACGGUGGAGGAGUUAAAGCCCAUCCCCAAAGGAAACCUGGAGGACAAGUGUGCUACAGAUGUUGCCUCUAUUAUGAAGGAUGCCUAUGAGGGGGAAGGCUCAGUGAAAAUGACUCUGACCAUCCUGAGGAAGAUGAACCUCAACGACCUUGCAGACAAACUACAAGAGAGGGCAGAGUCAGCAGAGAGAGAUGAUGCAAUUCUGCAGGAAGUCAUAGCAAAACACAAAAAGUGGAUGAUAGAGAAGUUUGGUGAGAUUCAUGAGUGUAUUGAGGAUAAAAAGAACAAAACACUUCUGAGAAAGAUCUACACUGAGCUCUACAUCACAGAGGGAGAGAGUGAAGGCGUCAACACCCAGCAUGAGGUUCGCAGAAUUGAAAUGCAAUCAAAGCUUCAAAGAACAAAUGAAAGCAUAAUAAACUGUAACAACAUUUUUCAGAGCUUAAUAGUCGACGAGAAAAUCAAAACUGUGAUUACCACGGGAAUUGCUGGCAUUGGAAAAACUGUUUGUGUGCAGAAGUUCAUACUCGACUGGGCAGAGGGAACAGCCAAUCAGAGGAUUGAUUUCAUCUUUGCAUUUCCAUUUCGGCAGUUAAAUUUGAUACAAAAAGAUCUGUACAGUCUUCACGAGCUCCUCCUUGACUUUCAUCCUGCGUUAGAAGAAGUCACGAAUCCAAACAUGUUCAAUAAGUCAAAGAUCAUACUCAUAUUUGAUGGUUUGGAUGAGAGCAAACUCUCCCUGAAAGGAAACAGGGAGAUUAGUGAUCCCCUGAAGUCUGUGUCUGUGGAUGUUCUCAUAACCAACCUCAUUAAAGGCAAUCUUCUGCCUUCUGCUCUUAUUUGGAUAACCUCUCGACCAGCAGCUGUCAAACAGAUUCCUUCAACAUACAUAGACAGGUGGACUGAAGUACAAGGGUUCAAUGACGAACAGAAGGCUGAGUACUUCAGGAAGAAGAUUAAGGAUGAAGCUGAAGCUGACAAAGCCAUCACUCACAUCAAAAGGUCAAAGAGCCUCUACAUCAUGUGCCACAUCCCUGUCUUCUGCUGGAUCUUGGUCACUGUGCUUCUGAAAAUGGUCAAUCAUUCCAGCAGACUUUGCUUGCCUCAAACUCUGACUGAAGUUUACAUAUACUUUCUACUCAUUGAGACAAACAGGAAGAACCAAAAGUAUGCUGAUGGUUUUGAACCAGAUGGACAUAAACUGCUUGAGUGCAACAGUGAGAUUAUUUUAAAACUGUCCAAACUAGCAUAUAAAGAACUUAAGAAGCGUAAUAUCUUGUUUUACGAAAAAGACUUGAAAGAGUGUGGCAUUGACGUAAAUGAGCCAUCAUUGUACUCUGGGAUGUGCACUGAGUUUUUCAAAAGCGAAGAUGUUUUCAUCAAACAUAAAGUUUUUUGUUUUGUGCAUCUGAGCAUUCAGGAGUUUCUGGCUGCUUUCUUUGUGUUCUACUCUUAUGUGAAUAAGACCAAAGAAGCCCUGAGGCAUUUUACUGCCCAAGGAGAACUUUCCAUGUUUUUCAGAACUGCAGUAGACAAAUCCAUGUAGAGGGAGGAUGGACACCUGGACCUUUUCCUUCGCUUCCUCUUGGGUAUCUCACUGGAGUCCAACCAGAAACGCUUACAAGGACUUCUGACACACAAGGAGAGCAGCUCAGACAGCACCAAGAAAAUAGCCCAGUACAUUAAAAGAAUUCUGAGUAAAGACACAAAAGUCCCUGAAAGAUGCAUGAAUCUCUUACUGUGUUUGCUUGAACUGAAAGACGACUCCCUUCAGCAAGAGAUUCAGCAGUAUAUGAACUCAGGAAAAGAGCUCUCACCUGCCCAAUGUUCAACCCUGGCCUAUAUCAUUUUGGUGUCAGAAGAUGCCCUGGAUGAGUUUGACCUCAUAAAAUACAAGACAACAAGUGAGGGUCGUAAGAGACUGCUUAUAGUAUUGAAGGCUUGUAGGAAAGCACGAUUGGUUGGUUUUGAUCUCAGAGAGGAUUCCUGUGAGGUCCUAACAUCUGCUCUUCAGUCAGAAAACUCCCUGUUGAAAGAGCUGGACCUGAGUUCUAAUCCUCUGAGGGAUUCUGGAGUGAGGUUGCUGUCUGUUGGGCUGAAACAUACUAACUGCAGGCUGGAAAGACUGAGACUUUGUGAUUGUAAGAUCACGCAUAAUUCCUGUGAGAUUGUGGCGUCAGUUCUGCAGUCAACAAACUCCCUCAUAAAGCUGGACUUGGGUGAAAAUGACCUGGGAGAUUCUGGAGUUAAGUUUCUCUUGAAGGCACUAUGUAGCCCUCACUGCAAACUGCAGACAUUAAGGCUUGCUGGUUGUAAACUCACAGAUACAUCUUGUGAGGUUGUGGCUUCAGUUCUACAGUCACCAAACUCCCUGCAACAGCUGGACUUGAGUGACAAUGACCUGGGGGAUUCUGGAGUCCAGCUUCUCUCUAAGGGACUGUCCAGUUCCAACUGCAAAAUACACACAUUAAGGCUCUCUGAUUGUCUCAUCUCAGAGAAGGGUUGUGGUUUUCUGGCUGCAGCUCUGACCUCAACCCCCUGCUAUAUAAGACAGCUGGAUCUAAGUUACAAUCAUCCCAGAGAAUCAGGACUGAAGCUGUUAUCUGCUAGACUGGAGGAUCCUGUCUGUAAACUGGCGAUACUUAGAACCGACCAUGCUUCAUUAAGCAAAGCACGACCACGCUUGCUGAGAUAUGCCUGUGAUCUCACACUGGACCCAAACACAGCACACAGAAAUCUCUCUCUCUCUGAGGGGAACAGAAAGGUGACACAUGUGGAGAAGCAGCAGCCGUAUCCUGAACACCCAGAGAGAUUUGACUCCAUGUUGCAGGUGUUGUGUAGAGAGGGUCUGACUGGACGCUGCUACUGGGAGGCUGAAUGGAGUGGAUAUACUGGAGCUCGUAUAUCUGUGGCCUAUAAAAGCAUCGAGAGGAAAGGGGACAGUGAUGACAUCAUAAUGGGACGGAAUGCCAAGUCCUGGAGUCUGAUCUGCUGUCUCAGUUACUCUGUCAGGCACAAUAAGAAACACACUGACAUACCUGCCCCCUCCUCCAGAACAGUAGGAGUUUACCUGGACUGGCCGGCCGGCACUCUGUCCUUCUACAGCAUCUCCACUAACACACUCACCCACCUGCACACGUUCCACUCCACAUUCACUGAGCCCCUCUAUCCAGGGUUUAGGGUUUAUGGUGAGGUGUCCCUGCGCAAGAUCACAUGAGCUCGUCCUCCAACAGCACGUCCACAUGUCACCCUUUCUCUCUACUCCCCCUCCCUUCUCUUCCCCUCCCUCUCUCUCUUUCUUUCUGUCUCUCAUUCCCCUCCCUUUCUCUUCAGCAUCGGAUCUGGCUCUGCUCUGGUCUGAUCCAUUUUCAGAUUUGUGUUUUUGUGUGUGUGUGUGAGAGUGUGUUUUGUAUGAAACUGUUGUCUAUUUGCAGACUUCAUCAUAGCCCCUCUUUCUACACUCUACUCCCCUCUUUACCAACUGCAACAAAAUUCAAACACAAAUUCAUCAACACAAGACACUCCGUAACAUUCCGCAGUAGCCACGUAACCGUAGCAACAUCCAACUUAAAUUGCAACAUUCCGCAGUAACCAUGUAACCGUAGCAACAUUCAUUCUCUGUGGCCCUGGCAGUUGAGCAUGCUGCAGGAACACCAGAGUCACACACUCCUGUUCAUACACAUGUGUAAUGUUAAUAUGCUAUUGAAAUUAUAUUAUAGUAUUUAUUUAUUUUCAUUAGGCUGUUGACAUUGGUGUUUAUUAUUGGCAUUCUCCUUACCAACUUACAACUUAAAUUGUUUACUGUUAAAUUGAACUAUGUGUUGUUAUUUGUAUGUCGCUUUGGACAAAGGCAUCUGCUAAAUACCAUAAAUAUGUUGAUAUCUAUAUUCACUGUAUAGGCUACUGUUUGGAUGAUACAAAUGCUGAUGUUGUUUUCUUCAUAUUCUGUGCUUUUCCUAAAAUAAAUGUGUGUAUUACAAGAAUGUUUCAGCAACAACAUGAUUUAUUAUGUUCUCUCUAAAGUUUAGUUAUUUGCUGAAUAUCUUUGAAAAUGAUUUACUGGUCUGAGGUGUCAGUGUUUCUAUGUGUUCACACAGAACUAUAAAACAUGCUUGUUUUUCUGACUUAAAAUGUGUUUCUGACUUUAAAAAGUCUAAAUAAAAAAUCUUAACUCUG